AUGGCGCCUGUCGAGCGCGGCUGGAUAAGCCUCUUCGUCGACCGGCUUGCCGGCUGGUGGUCCGGACUACCCGGCGAGACAUGCAGCUACACCGUCGAGUUCCUCCAGAUCCCGAUCGGCACGAUGAAGCUCGCCGCGAACCUCUACCAGCCGACCAUCGCAAAACCCCACGGCACCAUUCUGGUGCGCACCUCGUACGGCAUCACGCCGCUCAUGGCUCUCGGAAAUGCGCGGAUGUUCGCGUCACGGGGGUACCAGGUACUGCUCGCCGCCUGUCGAGGCACGGAUCCGUCCGACGGCCAGGAAGUCGUCCCCGCGAUCUACGAAGCCGAAGACGGCCUCGCGACCGUCGCUUGGAUGCGGGAACAGCCCUGGUACACGGGGUCUUUGGCAACGUACGGCGGAUCCUAUCUCGGUCACACGCAGUGGGCCAUUCUCACCGAUCCGCCGGCGGACGUGAAGGCCGCCGUUAUCAGCACCGGCCCGAUCGACUUUGGUGUCUUCUCCUGGUGGACGGGAGCGAUGGACGCGCACAUGGUGGCUUGGGCUGACUUGAUGACUGCCGCGAAACGAGGCCACACGCCUGGCCCGGCCUACAUCAAGAAGCAGCAUCAAGCCCUCAAGCCCGUGUACGACGCUGUGCCCUUCAUGGGUGGCAUCAAGAAGCACCUGGGCGACCAUACUCCUUCCUGGGUCGAAGACAUGGUCAGCGACAGUGACUUGUCCAAACCGCUUUGGCAGAAGGCGAACCAGAGCGUCGCGAUCGAGAAAGCGGACAUUCCCAUCUUGCAGCUCACUGGAUGGAACGACAGCGUCCUACCGUUGGUAAUGCAGCAGCACAGCGCCUUGGUCGAGCGAAAGGCGCAAGGCUACCUGACUAUCGGUCCAUGGUCACAUUUGGGAACGCAACGAGGCCCGAGUCUGACCGAGGGGCUCCGGUUCCUCGAGCACCAUCUCGCCGGUCGUGGCCCUCCUCCCCGGAAAUCCCAAUGCCGCAUUUUCGUCACGGGUUCGAACGAGUGGCGGGAUCUCCCAAGUUGGCCGCCGGUCUCUUCUUCAUCUCGAGAAUACUUCCUGGCACCCGAGAAGGUCCUCAGCCAAGAGAAGCCGACCGAUGAGACGUCGAGUUCCAGCUUUACCUUUGAUCCCACAAGCCCGACUCCUAAUAUCGGCAUGCCUCGCCCAUUUGACGACGUCAUCCCCGCAAGUUACGACGACACCAGCCUUGCGCGUCGUUCGGACGUCGUCGUCUUUGAUAGUGCGCCGCUUGACGAGGAUGUGGAGGUGUGCGGCAAGCCUAUCAUCGAGCUUUGUCACUCCAGCGAUGAUCCGCAUGUUGACGUGCUGGUCCGUCUAAGCGAAGUCAGUACGAACGGAAAGUCGGCGCGGAUAACUGAGGUAUACAGACGCCUGGAUCCCGCAAGAGGUCCUGAGCCGCUGCAGCUCUCGCUCGUGGAUUGCGCGCAUGUUUUCCGGAAAGGGGUGAAGUUGCGGGUGGUUGUUGCGGGCGGUGCACACUUUGGGUUUAUCCGCAACUUGGGUACCGGGGAGAAUCCGGCGUAUGGGUCGACGACGCGGCCGGCUGUUCAUACGGUGCAUCAUGCGAGGGGCGCCGUGUCCAAGCUGAUGCUUCCUGUUACUGCUUGA